AUGGCCGAUUCAUCUUCCAACCAGGGAUAUCCAAAUUCCCGCCUGUCAAGUCUGCCCCCCGAGGUCCUCCUAUUAGUACUAAAACAGAUGGACUCGCAAACUUUAUCCCGACUCUGUAUAACUAGUCAAGAGUUUCGUUCAUAUUGUCAGCCAUUGCUUUAUGGGACAAUUCGUAUCCUUCUGAGUAGUAAUUUAGGGCUGGACCCGAUUCAGACACAGGCACUUCAGCACCAGAACCAUACCGGCUUAAAAUACGUUCAGCAUUUCGUGGUAAAAGGAGAGAUUACUACUGCACCCGUCCCAGUACUUCAAAAUCAGAUCAUACUCUCAAUAUUGCGCAGUAUCCCUAAAAACACGCUGCGUUCGUUUAUUUGGUCUACAAACCUGAAGAUGUCAAUUCUGAUACUAGAGCAACUAUUCAAAGACCAGCAGAUGUUAGAAGGGUUCUGGGGUCCGAGCAAAGACGGCGGCACAACUGGGGCGUAUCAAUUAGACCUUGAGGAUAUCCCAUUGCGAGCGAAACUUAAACACAUACACACGGUCGAGGUUAACCGCAUGCCGUGGAUUGAGUUUAUAUUCCAAAUGAUCCAAAUGUCAGCAGCGACUCUCUGGGGCCAUCGCAAGGCCUAUAUUACAUACUGGAGAGAUACCUGGGGUGCUCUUAUACAUGCACACCUUCGCUUGGGUUUUAGUCAAACUGAAUUGAAACCGACCUCGGAUAGCGGCUACCUACUUCCAUCAUUACGGUAUCUCUCACUCCAAAAGUUUGAUGGAAGUUUUUUCACCAAAUCCCCCUGGCUCACAAGAGCCAUCGAUUGCACAAAGUUGGAUACUUUAAAAUUAAGAUGUUCCUACGGGCUACCUAGUCUGAGCCGCUGUUUCAAACAUCAACGCAUCAGUUUGAGGGUCUUACAUCUCAUUGAAUCCGGAGAUGAAGCGCAGAUCAAGAAAAUUCUAAAGUCUUUCAAAGGCUUGGAGGAAUUGAUCCUUGAAGAUGACUGCGAGGAUGUCGAUAGUAUGGCACUGGCGAUUAGUCACCAUAGAGACUCCCUAAAACGCCUUUACUGGCAUCCAGUUCAUCCAGACGGUACUGAUGUAGACCUGGCGCCCAACAUAAAGCCUUCCUGGAUCCCCGGGUUCAAACACCUCACCGAGUUAGCCAUCCCUGAUUCCUUCCUUGUUACUUGCAGGAAGGAAGACCAACUUCGCCUCGUACCCAGAUCUGGAAAAGACCAACUGAAAUUGUUAUGGCUACUAACUAUUUUAGAUGAAGAUCUCAUUGAAUUUCAACAGAAGAAAGCAAUUCCGAUCGCCAUAAAAUUAUUUAAAGACCAUCCUAGGUUGCUUUGCUUGUUAGCUGGGUCAAACCUAAAUAAUCCUGAGAUAAUGCUAUAUAGGUUUCGACGGAAGAACCAAGCCGUCUUCUACUCAAAAAUGAGCCUUGAAGGAGCCCGCAUAAAAGACGACAAUUUCAAGAUCUUACAGUCAGAUAUAAUUUGGACGCCUUCGGAUGAUGCAUAA